GAUAAGGAAGGUAGGAUCUGCUACGGGAGGUGUCACGGAUUAAAAAAAAAAAUAAUAAUAAUAAUAGAAAAAAAUAAUAAUAAUAAUAAUAAUAAUAAUAAAAAAGGACGUGUUUUUUUGUCGUUUCUAAUAUAUCGUAUUCUCUGUGAAGAAAAGAGAAAGAGAGAGAGAGAGAGAGAGAGAGAGUGAGAAAGACAGAUAGACAAACAGAUAGAAAGAAAGAAAGAGAAAGAGAGAGAGAAAGAGAGAGAGAGAGAGAGAGAGAGAAAAAGAGAGAAAGAGAUAAGAAGAGGAACGCAUCAUGGACAUAUCAGAAGAUUGUUGGGAGCACGUGGGUCUCCUUCAGGAAGUCUCCCCCUCGGAACCAGCUCCACCACCACCUCAACCAGACUUCCUCAUUCAGCAACAGGAGACAUACACACACACAUACACGCACGCACGUACGCACGCACGCACGCACCUGCUUGUGAGCGGCGGGCAGCCGACAACGGCGACUUCGCCAGCGAUGUCGUCAGGUGGAGCCUUAAGUCCUGGUGCCCUUUCACCCUCGUCGACGGCGACUACGACGACGGGGGCUGGAGGUGGAACCGGUACUUCCGGUGGCGCUACAACCCCUGUUGCUGCCGCAACAGGACCUGGAUGCUGUGAAAAUGGGAGACCUAUGAUGACCGAUCCAGUAACCGGUCAAACUGUUUGCAGUUGUCAAUAUGAUAGUGCCGCGAGGUUGGCAUUAGGGGCUUAUCCAAGAUUGGCACCAACUGCUACCUCAUAUUCCUCUUACCCCACACCAACACCUUCUACCACCGAUCAGGCUCCUUAUCCUAGUAUCGGUAUGGACAGUUCUGCCUUCUAUUCACCUCUGGGAAAUCCGUACGGUCUGAAGGACGCUACGGGGAUGGGGAUGACGGCGGAUAUGGGUGCUGCAUGGGGUACGGCCGCUCUUCAACCUGCUGCCACGGGUUACUACCCUUACGAUCCGACCCUGGCCGCCUACGGAUAUGGUGCGGGUUACGAUCUUGCGGCACGACGAAAGAACGCUACGAGGGAAUCGACGGCGACCUUGAAAGCCUGGCUGAAUGAGCACAAAAAAAAUCCUUACCCGACUAAGGGAGAAAAAAUAAUGCUGGCUAUUAUUACGAAAAUGACAUUGACACAAGUAUCAACAUGGUUUGCGAAUGCACGAAGACGUUUGAAGAAAGAAAAUAAAAUGACAUGGGAACCGAAAAAUAAGACCGACGACGAUGAUGACGCGGUACUUACGGAUUCGGAAGAUAACAAGGAAAAGGAUGAUCUUGCAAAUGAUAAUCGUGGUGACAGAGUCGGCGAGGACGCGAGGAGAGGUCUCGAUGAUAACGAGCCAAUGAGACACGUCAAGGCCGAACAUAUGCAACACGAGAAAGACCUUGACGAUGAGGAUGAUCUUGAUUUGGAAGAGGAUCCACGUGGACGAGGAGAAUUACCAUUUCAUCAUACGAUGCAACAUCAUCAUCAUCAUCAUCAAGGUUAUGCGACGGACGAGCAUUUGAAAGACGAAAGUAUUAAAACGGAUUGCAGCGGUGGUGGUGUACCGAUACCAGCGACGAAACCAAAAAUCUGGUCAUUGGCGGAUACGGCUGCUUGCAAGACUCCACCACCACCGUCUCAUCCUCAUCAUCAGCAGUAUCAUCAUCUGCAUCAUCAACAACAUUACGCUCAACAACAACAUCACCUUGGCAAUCAAAUACAUCAUCACCACUCGCAACAACCUUGGUUAGGAUCUGGUGGUGGUGGUGGUGGUGGUGGUGGUGCUGGUGCUGGUGGUGCUGGUGGCGGUGGUGGUAGUGGUGGUAGUGGAGGUGGUGGUGGCGGUGCUGGAGGUGGUAGUUUGAGUACAUCCUUCGCGUUACCUUCGUCGGCUUCCAUGAGUCCUUCGGCGGCAGCGACUGCACCUUAUUCCAGUGCUGCCGCACGAUACGGUGGUUUCCUAUCGUCCUCAUCCGGUGGACAACUUCAUUAUAAUCCAAAUUCCUCAUCUGGUUCAACAUCGUCCGCGUCCUCGUCAGCUGCGGCGGGGUUUCCAGAAGUUGGUACGGAUACCCCACCUCAGACGCCACCCAAUAUGAAGGUGGCCACUCCGAAUGGGGUGAUCCAACCACCACCGGCCGGUUAUUGCCCCACUGGCAAUACCAAUCCAACGAGCAACGGUAAUCCAAAUCAUUAUGCAACGAGUCAUCCCGGUGCUGGCGGUUAUCUAUCCGCUACAUCUGGAUCAGCUGGUGGGGCCUCGACGUUUGCCUCGAGACUUCAAAGUUCACCGCACAAGGACUUCUCACCGGCGGGACAAAAUUCAAUUCUUCAUCAGCACCAAACCACUGCCAGUUUACCACCAACAGAAGCUACAACUGCGUUUAAACCAUUCUACAAAGGAUCACAAUCAAUGGGUAGUGGGUUCGUAUCGCCGGUCUAAGAAACGUCCAUAGAGAUCGAAGAAAAUCGUCCCUAUCUCUCAAGACUUAAUGAAACUACGCCUUGAGAUAUUGAGAUGGACGUUACGAGGACGAAAAACAAAAUGGAAGUGAUCUAAAAAAAAAUCCCCGAAUUUAUUCUCGUUAUCUUGCCACGAAUAAGAGGAGAAAAGAGAAAAGA